ACCAAUAUAAUUAAAAAAAGUAAUUAAUAUCCUAAUAAUAUAACUUGCUACUAAUACAUGAACUUUUUAAAAAUUGCAUGAAAUAUUAUCAAAUUUACACAUAGGAAAAAUUUUCAGUUUUAGCAGGUGGCAUACAUGCAGUUGUGAAGGAGCCAAUUGAAAAGUGACAACAAAGCAAAUAUCCGAUUUCUAACGGCUGAAUCGAUUUCCCGCGCUGUCUCCCUUUUGUUAUAAGCAUGCAUGUGAUAUGUGAGCCUAUAGGUAAAAGUACCUCUCCCACCAUUUGCAUCCCCAUCAACCCAACAUAAUCUCUCUUCACCCAUUGAAACCCCAUGACGAAGAUCGACGCCCUCCGUCGACUCCUCCCUUGUCUCUCUCCCACCACCGCCACCUCCAAGGCCACCGCUACUCCCAUCAAGAAACGCCUAAGCACCUCUCUAAGAAACGACGUCGUCGACCCUCUCCACCCCGUACUCACCAACACAAACCAAGACAAAGACAAAGACUCCCAAGAUUCCACCACAACAACCGAUCUCGAACCGCCCGUUUCGGCCUUCUCACGCCCUUCCAGGUCAAUGGUCAUAGGCACCAUCUUCGGCCAACGUAAAGGCCACGUCUGGUUUUGCUUCCAACACCACCGUCUCUCCACAAAACCCUCUCUCCUCCUCGAACUCUCCAUCCCAACUCACCAACUUGUCCAAGAAAUGAGUUCCGGCACCGUCCGCAUCGCUCUCGAGUGCGACCACUCCGAACUCAGCUCCUGUCCUCUCCAUUCGGUCCCCAUUUGGACCAUGCACUGCAAUGGUCGCAAAAUUGGAUUCGCUACUAAAAGAAAAGCCACUCGCCAUAACCGAUUGAUGUUAAAGACCAUGCAAUCUAUCACAGUUGGAGCAGGGAUGAUACCAACCGGCGUCGGAUCGUCGGGUUCGGAGGAGAUCAUGUACAUGAGGGCUAAUUAUGAACAUGUUAUCGGUAACUCUGACUAUGAGUCGUUUCACCUUGUGAACCCAGAUGAAUGUGCUGGCCAAGAACUAAGCGUGUACCUUAUGAGAUCACGGUGAAAAAGGCUGGUAGUACAGAGAGGUUAAA